CGGUAAAGGAGAGACGGCACAUCCUGUUAGCCACUGAUGAUCAACUAACCUUACUGUCCCGUGCGAAGACAUGGUACCUGGAUGGUACAUUCAAAGUGGUCCGGGCACCGUUCAAACAGAUGUUAUCUGUCCACGCCUUCAUCAGAGCUGGCGACUGUAUGAAGCAAGUUCCGCUGUGCUUCGUCCUGAUGUCAGGGAAAAAGCGAAAAGAUUACAAAAAGGUGUUAUCCACUAUCCUACAACAUCUGCCGUCAACCGAGGUUAAGUCGUUUGUGGUGGAUUACGAGGCUGGACUGUGGCAGGCCAUAAGAGCCGUGUUUCCCCAACCUGAUAUCCAAGGCUGCGCUUUUCACUUUGGACAGGCCCUCUAUCGGAAGACUGCAUACAACGAGCGCCGUAACGUGUAUGCACUCCUCAGAAAGACAUUUGCACUGCCGCUACUACCCGUGGAGGACAUUCGACCUGCUUUCGACACAUUACGGACGAAAUCGGACACUGACGCGACGGACAGAUACUUUUACUACCUAGAACGGACGUGGAUGACAAACCCACUGUGGCCUAUUGAUAGUUGGUGCGUAUUCGGUCGGUCCAUACGCACCAACAACGACUGCAAGGGCUGGCAUCAUCGCCUGAACCGACGUGCGAAGAAAGGGAAUCUCCCCUUUUACUUGUUGGUUCAACUGUUGUGUGAAGAGGCGAAGCUGCUGAAUACACAGGUGCGGUUAGUGAGAGAGGGAAAGUUGAGGAGAUAUCAGAAUAAACAGACACUUCAGGUACAGGGGACGCUCUUGGGAUUGUGGAAAAGAUACAACGAGCGUUCCAUCUCAACAAGUCAGCUGCUGGACUUGUGUUCAGCCAUGUACGGACCUGUGUAAAUAGUUGUUGUUGCUGUUGUUGUUGUUGUUUGUGUAAAUAGUGUUUAAAUUUGUUAUGAAUAAAACGUUUGAAUAAAAUCAUUUUCAUAAAUUCAAUGUUGAUAAUAUUAAUAUAUAAUUAUAUUGAUUACUGAUGUAUUACUGUCUUUUUGUAAACUUUUCUUAUUAAUUCAAUGUAUUGAU